GACAGACAGAGAGGAGGGGAGAAGGACACAUGUGUGUGGGUGUGAGGGGGCUCGGGCUGCCCCUCCUGCUGGUCCUGGCGGCGGUCGGUGUCAGCCCCUCUGCCCGCGGUCACUUGCUCCGAUCCGUGGUCCUGGAUGAGCACUCGGGGAGACUGCGGGUGGUGGGGGGACUGAACCCCCACAGCAUCGCCUGGGCCAACCUCACAGACAGGAUCAGAGCCACGGGCUGGUCAUUUCUUGAGAUUGGGACAAAUGGGAAAUACAAUGACAGUAUUCAGGCCUACGCAGCAGGAGUGGUAGAAGCUGCUGUUACCCAGCCGCUUAUUUACAUGCACUGGAUGAACACGAUGUUCAACUACUGUGGGCCCUUUAAGUACAAGACGAAAUACUGUGAGAAGCUCAGGAACUACAUCGAGACCAACUUGGCGUGGAUGGAGAGACAGAUGGUGAAAGCAAAAGAGGACGAGUACUGGUAUCAGAUUAGGCUGACGUUGCUCCAACUUCAGGGGUUGGAGGACAGCUACAACGACCGGGUUUCGUUUCCUGUUGGGAAGUUCUCCAUCAAUCCCUUCGGAUUCAUUCUGUUUCAGAUGGGUGGUGAUUUGGAAGACCUGGAAACCGCUCUGAACGACACCAAUGAUGGUGUAGUGACUGGCUCUGGCUCCUGCUCCGCCCUCAUCAAACUGUUGCCUGGCAACAAGGAACUGCUUGUAGCUCACGAUACCUGGAGCAACUAUCAGACAAUGCUGCGAAUCAUCAAGAAAUACAAUUUUUCCUUUAGCUAUUCUGCAAACGGUUCGGUGCCCGUCCCAGGCAAUGUACAGUCGUUUUCAUCAUACCCGGGAGUCAUCUUUUCUGGCGAUGAUUUCUACAUCUUGAGCAGUGGACUGGUGACCUUGGAAACCACAAUAGGAAACAAUAACCCAGACCUGUGGAAGUUUGUGCAGCCGGUGGGCUCUGUGAUGGAAUGGUUGCGAAACAUCGUCGCAAAUAGACUGGCCAAGAACGGGGAGCAGUGGGCAUCCGUUUUCAAGAGGUUCAACAGCGGCACGUACAAUAACCAGUGGAUGAUAGUGGAUUAUAAUUACUUCAUCCCGGGCAGAACGGACAUCAAGGAGAAGCUGCUGACGGUUCUGGAACAAAUCCCGGGGCAAAUCGUUGUGAGGGACAAAACCGAACUGCUGAUGCGCCAAGGAUACUGGCCAAGUUACAAUAUCCCAUAUUUUGAAGAGAUCUUCAAUCUCAGUGGUAACCUGCCUCUGGUGGCGCAAUACGGGGACUGGUUUACAUACGAUAAGAACCCCCGUGCUAAGAUAUUCCGUCGAAACCAGACGAUGGUCACAGACAUGGCUUCAAUGAUCAAGUUGAUGAGAUAUAACGACUACCUGCACGACCCUCUGUCCAAGUACCCGGGAUGCGAUCCUUCAUCCAAUGGGGAGAAUUCCAUCUCCUCUCGAUCCGACCUCAACCCAGCCAAUGGCACGUAUCUCUUUCCGGCCUUGGAGCACCGGUCGCACGGAGGCACGGACAUGAAGGUUACCUCCUCUGAAAUGUACAAGACUUUUGAGAUGAUUGCGAUUAGUGGACCGGCGUGGGAUCAGGUGCCUCCAUUCCAGUGGAGCAAAUCCUCCUAUAGUGGCCUCAUCCAUAUGGGACACCCGGAUUUAUGGAAAUUUCCACCGGUAAUGGUGAGGUGGAGCUAAGGGGGAGAGAAAAUAUCUACUGUGUCCAAACUUCCCUCUACAAACAGGAUCUCAUCUGCCGCCUUUCUUAUUAAAAUGCUCUUCGCGUUUUACAUUUACGAGAAUGACUGUUGAAUGCGAGACAACGAUUAUAAAUUGAAAUAAUCGAACACCUGCGGUGCUGCGAAAAUUGCAACAAAAAGGAAAGAGAGAGAAAAAAAUAAUCACGAGUAACCGAUUCCAUAACCCGAUCAACCAAGUCGUUUCAUUUCAAACAGCUUUUAUUUGCUCAAUCUUAAAUAUUUUUAAACAGGCAAAAUGAUUAAUCCGGUCUAAGACUAGAUGGGAUGAUUAAUAAUUAUACAAAUGAUAAUAAUAAGUGGGAUGAUUAGUAAGACAGGAGCCUGUCACCACAUUGUGGUGAGCUGUGAGCAGCAAACAUAUAUCACUCACAAAAUAUACAGUCAAUUCACUUUACAGUGUAUCCUGUGAAACGCUUUGAGACAUCUCAAAAGAUGUGAUAUCAAAUCAAGUAUUAUUACUACUCACAUUGUAGGUAGAUGACAUCAGAUGAUAUCUGACGUAAAAUGUCAGAUUUUUUUAAUAUGGUUUUCGCCAGUGUAGUUGCUGUCAAUACAUACAGUUUGCAAUGCAAGAUGCUGUGAAGUGUUUAACUCUUUGGUGCGGGCUGCAGAAAAAUUGUGCGAAUUAUCUUUUUUUUUAAAACUCGAAAGGUUUAACCUCUUGAAAAGAGAGGUGGUUCUGCCCUUCUGUGAAUAAACGGAUGCACAAGUGUGCACAUCAGACCUGA